AUGGGAGCAGCACUCACAACUCCGGUGAAACCGUCUUAUCAGUCAAAUGCGAAUAUAACGUUUAGGAGUCAAGGCUCAACUAAUUUCGUUGGAGGUAUACCUGGUUACACGGUGUUGGAUAAUGUAUGGUAUCAUGACCGGACAUUGUAUAUGAUCGAUGAUGCUCUUCAGGAGUUCCCCUCAAGAGAAAUACUAUUCACUGCCGCUCCGGAGAAAGAUGGAGACACACCACUUCAUGAUGGUAUCAGUCGUCUUGAAACCAUCCCAACCGGAUCCGAGGGACCGUCUCCUCAAGAAGGUGAUGCUAGUAGUGGAAUUAUAGAAAUGUCAGGAACGACAUUCCUUCUAAAUGAUGGUUGGCCAGGUUCAUGGUCAGGUUACUUCAAGUACUACCAUUUCGCCUCUGAAGUCAUUUUAGGCUCGAUCAGUGCGCUUUCGUCGAUAAGUUCGCCAUUGCCGUCGGAAUACACCAAACCUUGGAAUGUGUAUAAAGGAUUAGGAAGGCGCUUGAGUCUACAGAGUCCCAUUUCGGACUCGCGCGGAGAGGAUCAAGUUAUAUGGGAAUCUGGGGGGGCUGUAGCGGAAGGGCUGGUGGGCAAAGAGGGCAUCAUCGAUCCACAAGGUUGGAAAGAUCUGACAAGCGAGAAACAAUGGAUUUAUUUUGAACGAAUCUUGAUAGCAGAUCGUGCUACCUCUCAUCGCAAUAAUCCUCUAGGCGAAAAAUGGUACAAGAUGGCUCUAGACGCAUAUAAGCUUGUCCCUUCACCUAAAUCACUCUCCCCAAUGAGAGAAAGAUUCCUAUCAUACUACAAUAUACCAAUCAAACAUCGAAGUGGUCCUGGUAGAAGUGUCAAUAAGAAAAAAGUAAAAGCGAUAUACGUCAACAGACAAGGAAGCGACAGGAAAUUCGCAGACGAGGUUCAUAGCGAUUUACUGAAGGCUUUGAAGCAGAUAGAGAAUAAGGGAAACGCAGUAAUUAUAGAUGCGAGGUUGGAGACGUUGACGUUGCAAAAGCAGUUUGAGCUGUCUGCGGAUGCCGAUAUAAUAUUUGGAGUACAUGGAAAUGGUCUGACGCAUGAAAUGUGGAUGUCGACCGGAGGUGUGGUGAUCGAGUGUUUCCCCCCUCAGACAUUCGCAUAUGACUACGCACCUAUAAGUUUGGUACUGGGACAUGAGCAUAUAAUUUGGAGGGAAAAUCAGACCAUGCCUUCGGAUCAGUGGGAGCCUGAGAACGGAGGUGAAGGCUUCAGGCUGCAUGAUGGAUCAAUAUUUCCACUUGAUGUCGAUAUCUUUUCACGGUGGCUACAAAGAAAGAUCGAUAGCAUGUUAGAGGCAUAG